GUUAUGAAGAUAUAUUCACAUGUUCAGUAUAUUUACAUACAAAUUACUUAGUUCAUUGGAAGUACAGGUACUUUAAAUAUUCAAGUUAACAAAUAUAGAUUAGCAAUGGUUAUUCAAAGAAGCAUUAGUGAUUCUGGAUCUAAUGAACUUGAAGAUUCAUCUUUACUAAAGGAUAAUGAAAUGGUUCUUGUUGGUGAAAAACGAAAAUUACGUAGUUACAGAAAUAAUAAUUGUUCAUUAUAUAUUGUCAUAGCAGCUUUAGUUCUUUUGUGUAUUGUAUUAUCUGUUGGACUACUUUUAAAGCUAAUACAUUCAAAGUCUUGUCAAGUAAUAAUAUCCAGCUCUAAAAGAAGCAAUGCUAAUUCAAUAGUGUUUUUUUGGCUAAGUGAUAUCCAUUUCGAUAUAUACUAUAAUAAGUCAAUAUCAACACUCACUUCUUGUAGAAGCAUACAAACAAAAAAUGAUACUGUUCACCCGAUAUCUUCUCCAUAUGAACCUUUAUAUGGAAGAUCAGGGUGUGAUACAUCUUUAGAAUUAUUGAAAUCUACUGCUAAUGAAAUGCAAAAGAUUAAUGCAAAUAUAAAAAAUGCUGCCGAGUUCAUUCUCGUAACUGGUGAUCAAGCAGCUCAUGAUUAUGAUUUAUUUCAAGUUGAUGUUGAACAAAGUAUUUUUUUGUCUGCAAAGAAAACCCUCAAUGAACUAUCUAGUGCUCUUCUUCAAACCCCCAUUUUUCUAGCUAUGGGAAACAAUGAUAUUGUUCAUGACUAUCAGCCUCCUGUUAAAGUUAAUGAUAGUUUUUAUAAAAAUUAUGCUGAGAUAAUGGAGUCAUUUAUGUUUAUAAGUGCUGAUGUUGUUGAUAAUAAUGCAAAAAGUGAUUUCAGAGAAACUUUUUAUAUUGGUGGAUAUUAUAAAGUUUAUAUAAAAGAAGCCUCCAUAAUACUCCUAGUUUUAAACACAAACUAUUGGAUAACAAAAGCAUAUGAAAAUAAUCGUGAUGUUAUCAACAUAGGAAACAUUCAAAUGGGUUGGUUGAUUACUCAGUUGAAAGAGGCUCAAUUGAAAAAUAAAAAAGUUAUAAUUGCAGGACACAUUCCACCUGGGUGUUCAUCAUAUGAACUUCAUUGUAAUAUGUGGUUGAGCAAUUACACAGAUAUUUAUUUAAAUAUAACAACAAGAAUUUAUAAAAAUGUUAUUGCAGUUCAAUUUUAUGGACACACACAUCAAGAUAAAAUAAAGCUAUUAUAUCAAAGUCAAAUAUUUCCUCCUAUCCCAGAUGAAAAUAUGAAAUCUUAUAUGCUUCUUGCUCCAAGUAUAACACCAGUUUAUCGAAAUAAUCCUGCUUUUAGAUUAGUUACUUUUAAUGAAGACAGAAAUAUUGCUGAUUAUGAUCAAUUUUAUUUUGAUUUAGUGUUAUCUAAUGUUCUUAAAAAGCCUGUUUGGUACAAAGAAUAUUCCUUUUGUAAUACGUAUAAUUCUUCUUCUAUUACCAUGGAUGCUUCUGAAAAUUUAGUGCAUUCUUUAGUCCAAGAAGUUCAAACAUGGCUUUCGUAUUCCAAACACAUGCUUGCAUCAUAUGGUAGUAAGAGUUCGUCCCAACGUUUUAUUGAAUAUUGUUCAUCAAUGUAUUUGACUUCAAAACCUUUUGAUGACUGCAUAAAUUUUUAUAAAGUUAAAUACCUAUAAAUUUUACGCCUAAAAUUAAAAUAUUUUUUAAAAGUA